CCCCCGCCCCUCCCUCCGCGGCGGCUGAAGGCGAGAGGGACGAGACGGGCGCACCUGGGCCGCCGCGGCGUCCGGAUCCGUUUCUGCUGCGCCGAGCCGCUCCCGCCAGACUUUGCCGCAGCACGGGCCCCUUCCUGUCGCUCCUCCAACGGCCACCCGGGUCCGUUCGGGCCGGGGGCGCGGAAGGUGACCUCUGCCUCGUCCGGACACCACCAGCUCGUCCUUCAUUCUCCUUUUCUCCAGCCUUUGAAGCGCAGUCACCUGUCCCCACCCCCACCUCCUUGCAUUUUCUUCUCCCCCUGCCCCUCUGGGCUCAGUCGCAGGGCAAAGCAUGGUGUGCUCACCUGUGCCUGCCGUCCAGGAUUAGACGCUGACGGGCAGCACCGCGGAGGCUGCGAGGCCUCGGAUUCGCCUCUGACCAGGCUCUCCUUCGAUCUCCCCGCCCCCCUCCGUUAACACAUGAGGAAUUCAUGCAAAGGAGAGGAAUUUCGGAAAUCCAAACUUAGGGUGACUUGUAUUUAGAAUCCAGAAGGAAAAGGAAAUGAAAUGUGAAUAAAUUCAUCCAGCAAACCUGAUCUGAGUGUAUGUGAUGUAACCUAGUAAAGAAGACUGUUAGGAUGCCCUUGGUAACGCGGAGGCUUAGAGACCCUGACAUAAACCCUUGUUUGUUGGAAUCUGAUGCUUCUGCCAGAUGUAUGGAUGAAAAUAACUAUGACGGGGAAAGGUGUUCCACUUACUUCUUGAAGUACAAAAACUGUCGGAAAUUCUGGAAUUCUAUCAUGAUCCAGAGAAGACAGAAUGGAGUGAAGCCACCUAUGCCUACAGCAGCAGAAAGAGAUGAAAUCUUGGGAGCAAUGGGAAAGAUGCCCUAUUGAAUGUUGCAUUAAAAUUGUUUAUAUAACUUAGAAGCAGAUGAAUAUUUUUAAUAAAUUAUUGCGGUAAUCGUUUAAGACCUUACAGGCCUCACCCAGACGGACCUUAUGUUGUACAAGGGGGGAUGGAGUUAAGUCAGCCCAGAGUCCCGUGUGCUUGCUCUCAGUGCCAGGCCCACAGUCGCCGCUGCUGGCUGUGCUGUGGCACUGAGCUGACACGACUCCUAGAAGUAAGGGAGUGUUAGGGGAGGCUGCCCGCAAAGCUGAGCUUUUCUACUUGGUCUCAAAAGAAGAGUAAGAUGUGAACAAAUAGAAACCUAAUGAGGCUGAGAGGAAGGCAGUAUUUCCAAGAAAGGAAAUGAUGUGAGCAACAGUGUGCUGGAAGGAAAGCUCGAAUCGUGUUUGGGAGCACCCUGUAGAUGGUUUGACCUAGAGUUUUAGGGAAGAGGGAGGAGUGAAGGGGCAAGAUUGAAAAGGUAAGUUGAAGGCAAGGGAUGUGUGGUGGGCCUCAAAUCCCAAGCUUCUUCCUCAAAUCCAUCCUUACUUCUCUCACUUAUCUGUGUUUAAGUAAGGUUAGUACAUUCACUAACGUGGAGGGGGAGAACGUUUUGUCCAAAAAUAAAUGGCAUGAAACAGAA